AUAACUGCCAGAUAUUGAUAGAGACUUUGAGUCUCCCUCCUGUUCUCUCUCCCUCAUUGUAUGCCCAUUGCUCUAUAGUCCACUGUAACUCACUCCUCACUUGUCAAGACCUGACUGUCACAUGGUUACAGAAUGGAUCAGUUAAACACGAUCUAUCAGUUUCUGGUAUGGACACUCUUUCUUUCCUAAUGGAUACUAUACUACCACAGAUGCUAGAGUUCACAGCAUCACACGGAAACACUCUUACAGGACACAUUCAAAAACAAACUGAUCUCACCCUCCACCUCAUCCAGUCCUUCCUCUCUCUCCUUUCGGCUGUACUUGAUCGUCACUCGCCAAAGAAAGAAGACUCCAUUCCUUAUUCUACCAGUCGUGCUAGUAGCAAUUUUAAUACUGGAGGAAACUUGAGUAAAAUGGACAGUGUUAGUAGCAUGGUCUCCGUAGCCUCUUCUGUCCCACAGAGAUCUAGAAUCCAAUCUCUUACAGACCAACCGUUCCCUGAGAUGCCUACCCAGUCCUCUGUCCUUAGUUUUACUGGAGUUGAUGAGAGUGUACUGAUUCUGGAUGAGAUUGAUAAACUAUCUACUGAGUCCGACUGUGAGAUUAUAACUGUCCAAUAUCUCAUGACGACUGCAUUUGUGUUCUCUCUCAUUUGGUCUUUUGGUGGCUACAUUGACUCAAGGCACUACAAUGAGUUCAGUAAAGCAGUUCGAGAUGUUGUUUCUUCCCUUCCAAUGGCUAAUGAUAUCAUUCCUCAGGAUGGACUUGUUUUUGAUUAUUUUCUUGAUCAAAAGACUCAGCAGUUCCUCCCAUGGAGUGAGAGAAAGAGAGACAGUGGAGCCUCAAAGUCCAACACUCCUAUUGAUAGCUAUGUACCUAUACCUGAAUUGGAGAGGUUUGUGUACAUCUCUGAGCUGUAUCUUGGCUAUGGCUUCCAUGUUCUAUUUAUUGGUGAAGAAGGCUCAGGAAAGACAUCAUUUCUUAAGAAAUUUAUACAGCCAAGAAUGAGUGCAACACUCGUCCCCAUCUCUUCAUCCCUCACUCCUCUGUCCCUCCAAUCCACUCUCCUCUCUCGUAUUGCUCAACUACGAAAGAGACAAACUAACUCAAAAAAGACAUCAAACCAACGUAGAACGUUUAUACUCGACGACCUCCAUCUUGCCUCCCUCUUCCCUUACCUUCCAGGAAAAGAUGAAGACGAGGGAAACUGGUGUGAUUCUUUCUCUUCCUACACUCAUCCUCCUCUCAUUAAUCUUGUGUCUCAUUUAGCUGAGCACAAGACCUUGCAUGAUGAGGAAAGAGACUACACUCAUUCUCUCCCUAGUCUUAGACUAGUUGGUACUUGUACUACUGAUGGCGUACAGGAUUUGAGCCUGUCUCUUUUAAGAUGGAUGAGGCCUGUCCCUUUCAUUAGUGUAUCUAAUGAAGGACUACACCUGAUACUUCAGCAGAGGAUCAUGACAUUAGUGAAGAAGCUUCCGGUGGAAAGUAUGGAGAAAGCUACAUUGCUUGUUAAUGCACUAGCUACUGCAUCACUAGCAAUACAUGACAACAUGAAGAAAAGGUUCAACUCUGUUUCCUCACCAGCUCAUCCUCACAUUCACUUCUUCCUCCGUCACACAUCAGAGCUGGUUAAUGGUCUAUUGCUAAUGGAACCAACCACUGACAAAUCAGCUAUCAGUUUAAUGAAUAAGCUAAGAAGACGUGGAGGCAUACAUCUCACUGGUAUGGAAUUAGUGUCUAUUCCUGGUGUUAGAAGAGGCAAUAAGAAGAGCAGUAAGAGCAGCGGUAGUAGUGGUGGAGGUGUAAGAUCAAGCAGGUCCUCGUCCCGUCUUACCACUAGUAGAGGACAGCAACCAAAGUCUCUUCCACCAUUGACAGAAUCAUUAGAGUCUACCGGAGGUGACUCAGAAUCACAGUCCAAGCUUGGAGGAGUAACACGUCAACAGACUCACCCUGGAGCGAGAAUGAGUGGGAAAUUAUCUGGAAAAGGAAGUGCUUUACAAAAUAAGUCAUCGUCAGUUUCUGUGAAGGACCAGGAAGAGAGCGAGGGUGAUAAAAUGACGAGGAUCCUCCGGGUCUUGUUUCGUGUCUGGUGUCACGAGUGCUCACGAGUUUUCACCGAUCAUCUGACGCAGAGCAAAGACAAGAUUUGGUUUUCAAAGCUGUUGGAGUCGGUUCUUAAGUAUUGCUUCUGUGGAGCUGUUUUAGGAGAGACUGGAGGAGAAGGAGGAGAAAGAGGAGGAGGAGGAGGAGGAGGGGGAAGGAGAGCUAGGCCAGGUCGUCCUUCAAAAGUAUCUCAAGCUCCUUCUUCUAUUUCGCUAGCUACUUCAGUUAUACAAGCCAGUGAUUUGAAAAACAUUGGGAUAGAUUUCACUAUUCUACAAGAGCUCCUGCCUAAAGAAUCCCAGCACCAGUUUCUAACGUUUGAUCAGAUUGCAAUGAGAGGGGAAGACUUGUCUAGUUUCAUAUUUUGUCGUUUGUCUCAAAGAGAACUGUCAUUGGAGAAGACUGAUGCUAAAGACUUGGGUAAUUAUAAUGAAGUAGGCGAUGGAGAGAUAAGAAUCCUACUAGCUGAUACUCUCAGUAACAGUGAAAGAGAACUGAGUCAUAUCUUCAUUAAUAAAGACAUCAUUGAACACGUUACAAGACUUAGCCGGGCCCUGGUUCUUCCAGGAGGCCACAUUCUAUAUCUUGGCCCAUGUGGCGUUGGUAGGAAAACAACUGUUAAACUUUCUGCUGCUAUAGUGAAUGCUAAAGUAUACAAUAUUAAUCAGUGGAACCAGGCUGAGGAGAAAGAGGAAGAUGAAGGGAAUUUAGAUACGAAUGAAAAGAAGACUAAAGAGAUAUUUGGUUUGCCGAUUGUAAGGGAAGCAUGUAAAACUGCAGCACUGGAUCACAAAAGGGUAGUAUUGUUAGUAGACGGUUCACUCCUUCCGUGGUAUCAUGAGCUAUGGGACAUAUUACUGGAAAUAAUGAGAACUGGGUUGUCCCCAUCACUCUUCACUUCCUCUGAACUCAUACUAAUGAGUUUCAAGGUACAGCAAGGGAAAGUGCUCAACGUGCGCCGAACUGCUGAAACAGCUUAUCAGUCCUUUGCACAAGCAGUUUUCCCAUUACUACACAUAGUGAUAACCUGGGACACUCCUGGAAUUAAUAACACUAAUAACGAAAUAUUCAGACCUAUCAGUUGCUAUUCUGAGUUUUACGACGAAGGCGAUUUUAGCCUAAAAGACUUUUAUAUUGGAGAAGAACAGAGACGCUCUCUUUUUAAUACACUCACUAAAACCACUAGCUACAUGGACCACUAUCUCCCUUGGUCUAAAAAUAGUUUUAGUGAAGUGGCUCUCCAAUUUUGGCAGUCACCAGCAAUAGCUGAUGGCAGUGUUUUCCCCUCCAACACUUCCAAACUUGAAGCUCUUAGUUUUCUAGCUGCUCAUGUUCACUUGUCAUCUUGUGCCAUGCUCCAGAGGGUGUCCCCAAGGUUUACUGGAUGGCUGUUCACUGUUAGGGAUUACAAGCAUUGUCUGGAGAUGGGGUAUAGACUAGCUCUUGAUUGGAAAUUGGAAAAAGAGAAAUCAAUCAGUCAGUACCACACUGCACUAAGUAAGCUCUAUGAUCUCGAGAGACAGUUGAGUAGCUUAAAGUGGAAACUUGACGAGGAGUUGAACCCCAAGCUACUGCAAGCGAAGGAUGAUGUACAGUUACACAUGGAGAAGAUAACAGCUGCUAAACAGCAUUACAUGGCUGCCGAUAAAAGAUGCAAGGACGCCGAGGAGACAAUAAAAAGGGAAACAGAACAGAUGAGGAUUUUUAAGGAACAACUUGAUGAUAAAUUCAAUGAAGUAUCUCCAUUACAUUACUCUGCAUUGAAGACACUAUCCUCAGUAGAGAGAGGUGUGGUCAUGGAAAUAAUGGGAUACAGGAUACCACCAGGCCCGCUGAUGCCUGUCUUUGAAGCACUUUGCCUCCUUUUUGAUCGACCAGCAACAUGGUUGGACUGUCAGCAGUUGAUGCUCUCUCAGCACUUUUUUGAAAGUCUCAAAUUUUUUGAUAAAGACGGCGUGCCGAAAUCAAAAUUGAGAAAACUUGAAAAACUCCUUGUCGACCAAGAGAAAAUGUCAAUUGAAGUAUUAGCUGAUGCUAGUCAAGCAAUUGUUCCACUUGUCUUAUGGAUAACUGCCCUGGUGGAUUACAGAAAAACAAGGAGCAUCCUCGAGCCUUUCAAAGAGAAACUGCAGAGAGCAGAGAACACACUAACAGAAGCACAAGAGGUCUAUGUUGACAUGAGACAAGAAAUGCUCAAUACCAAAGCUGCUCUUGAAGCUACUGUAGAGAGUCAUAAAGUAGCUCUUAAAAAAGCUAAUGCAAUUGAAGGAGAAGUAAAGUUGGUGGAAGAAAAAAUUGCAAGCACAAAGGAACUUUUUGGCAGUCUCUCUAAUCAGAGGAAGAAAUGGGAAAACAAACUAUCAGUCGUCCAAAAUCAACUCGACUCUCUCUCCUCUCACUCACUAUUAGUCUCUGCCAGUUGUACGUAUCUUGGCUUUCUACCACCGGAAGAGCAUAAGAGCCUCUGGGAGAAUUGGAUAUCUUAUUGCAGUGGACACGUUAGCAUUGGGAGUUUAGUUGUUGAAGAGAGAAUCACUCACGAAGUUGAUAUUAAGCUACAAGAAGGCUUUAGUUUUCAUAGUGCCUUAGCUACAGAUGAUGAGAAGUUGGUUUGGGAGCGAGAGGAGAUAUUUCCUGACUUGCUGUCGCUUGAGAAGUGCUUACAAUGGAAGGCAGUGUCACGUUACAGUAAAGGGUAUUACCAUCAAGUCAUGUUUGAUCCUUUGUCAUUCUUUUCCAAAUACAUGAAUGGUUUGAUAGCCAUAAAGAAUAGGGAUAAUAAUAGUACUGUCAAUUUGCCAUAUACAUCAACCGAUUCUACUGAUUCCAAACUAACUGAUAAGCUAAUUGAUGCUGCAAGGGAAGGGAAGUCAAUAGCAGUUCACAUUCAAUCUUUGUCUAUAACUGAUUCAUUCAAUAAUGUCCUCAAUCAAAUAUUAAGCUGGUCUGAGUCCACUACAUCGAGCAUUACUUUGAAUGGAAAAGAACUACAUCCACAACCUCAUUUCCAAGUCUUUUUUGUUUUCUCUGUUUCUCCUUAUUCAUCUCCUCUUCAUUCUGUUGUUGGCAAAUUGCUACAAACUACUCCUACAAUUCUUCUUUCCUCUUUGCUGUUGUCUCAGGAAGGUCUCUCUUCAUUAUUUGAGUCUCAUAUAUUGCAGUGCAUGAGGAGGGAGCUCUGUAUACAGAGAAGAGCAUCAAUGGCUGAUAUAAGCCUACAUCAGAAACAAGUCAAUGAAAGCCAGGAAAUAGUACUGUCUCAAGUACUGGAGUUAGAUUGGUCAGAGGAGAGCAAUAAGUUUGCAAGUACUAUUGAGUCAUUCAUUAAGGAAUCAGAAGACCAGGAACAAUCUGCUCUCAGUCACAUUAAGGAAUCCCGUCAAUCCCUGGAGGACAUAGCCCAUCGAACCACUCCUUAUAAAUCCCUAUCCUCUCACGCUGCCCUCUCCUUUAUAACUUGUCAGAGACUAAGUCAGAAACUGCCACAAGUCAAUAUUAGGCUGAAAGACUUUCUUGACAUGCUGCAGUCUCUGUGUGAAGAGAGAGAAGGAACACGUUUCCAUUCAAGUCACACUUCAUUAGCUGCUUACUUGUCUCAUUUAGAAUCAUCACUCACGACUCUAAUACAUGAACGGCUUUCGCCUCAUCUUUUCGCUCACCAGUUAAACUAUUUUCCACUUCUCUUGGCUAUCCUUAAGGAAGCUUCAGCAUCAUCCAGCAGUAGUGGGAGAUUGCUCACAUCGUAUAUACUUAAUCCAAUGUCAUUCUCAAUCCGAAACUUGCUUGAUGAUAUAAUGUUCACGUCAGAGACCAGACCUGAUUCUAAGAAGAAGUUAGCUAGUGAAGGAGUAAUCAAUAUUGCACAUUCACUGGAGGCAGUGGAAGGGCUUGAAGGAUUAGUGUCCUCAAUUCAAACUGAUGAAGAGCAAUGGUCAGACUACUUUAAAAGCUUCUCUUCAUUGCUUCUGCCUACUCCAUUUUCUUCACAUAAUCUACUCAGUCCAACUCACAAACUGCUAUUAUGGAAAGCACUGGAACCUAAUCAGUUUGAUGCGGCCAUCAAAGAUUACAUCUGUCUGACACUGGGCCCUCAAUUUGAAAAACCACACUCUUUCUCUGUACCAAGCAAUCAUGUGGGAAUUAUAUUGGUAUUUAACAAGGACGUGUCUUUUAAUGAGUUAAUCAGUGUGUCUAAUGAAAGGGGCUUACCCAUAGUAAGAUUCUCAGCACUGAAGUUUGUGGAUAUUGAUAGAUUGAGGGAAUUACUGGUUCAGCCAGUGUGGGUGGUUAUUAAUCAUCUUUAUCAUUGUAAAGACUGGAUGGACACAAUGGAGAGGAUAAAUCAGUGCUUGGAAUCAUCACAAGGAAGCUUUCAUACUAGUUUCAAGUGCUUCAUUCCACUAUCACUACUGCAGCUACUUGCAUUGAAGCAUCACAGUGGGCUCUCAUCAUAUCAUGUAAUAGCUCUAACAGGAAAUGACUUGGCAUCCUCCUUUACCACAUCAUUAAGGGAAAGACUACUUGAUUACUAUAAUGUAUUCAGUCAUACUAAGAGGGAACCACAGUCACUCUCAAUUGAUGAACUAAAACCAAUACUAAACAAGAUUCAUAGUUUAUUACCACCCAUUAAGUCAAAUCUUAUCUACGACAGUCAGGAAGAUGACACAAAUACAAUAUUAGAGACAAUUCUUAAUAAAGCCCAUUCAUCCUUACAAUCACUGCAGAGCUAUGUUGAAGGACAUCAGUUAUACACUGCACAAAUUGGAUUCACCUUGAGUGUAUUAAUGGAUAAUAAUGUCCCUACUGACUGGUACUAUCCACAUCAACACAUCAACAAAGGAAAGACUUUAGUGGAAUUCAUACAAUUAGUGAGACACCUUUACUAUUAUUAGUGUAUAGAGCUGGACUAAUUUUUGCAAAUCUAUUAUCAUCAUUUAAAUUUAAUUGCCCUCA